AUGUCUUCCCCACUUACGGUACGGAAUCUGACUCCGAUUGCUAUUUCUCUGCUGCGUGUUGAGCGGUUUGAAGAUCCAAACACACUACAAUCAAAAGCCCAUGGAUACUUUUUGAGUCCCAAAAGCACUACGCCCGCAACACCUACGUCGCCAGAGCUCAGUGGACAUGCCCAGAGUUUUAACCAUCAAGAUCUGGAAGUCACGUUACAGCCUUUUGAAUCCUAUACGCUCAAGUUCCCCAACCAAAAUCAGCCUCGCAACGCAGCUACAUUGUCAAGCCCAGUGCUCCGUAUCACGAUUCAAACGGCCAAAGCUGAACGCUAUCGCAUCGACUCGAAUCCUUCGUACACGCAAAAGUCGACGCAAGCCUUUACUGCACUCUCUGCAAACCCCUCUGCAAACUACAAUGCCAUUUUUCACCCUUCUAAGCCAAUUCCUCACCUGGCAAUCCAAAGCAACCACAUUCCCAGCUAUGCCUCAUGGAUGUCCACACUCCCCGACAACCUCCCUCUCUCUGCAAUCAGCAUACCAGGAACACACAACUCACACACGCACUACCGUGCCCUACCAUCCGUCAGGUGUCAAGUCCACGACAUAAAAACCCAACUGGAAAACGGCAUCCGCUUCCUCGACAUCCGCGUACAACCCAUCCACGCAACCGACACCUCAAAAAAGGAGCUCUACCUCGUCCACGGUGCCUUCCCCAUCAGCCUAACCGGCCCCAAAUAUCUCGCCCCGAUCCUCCAAACCUGCUACAACUUCCUCGCCGCCCACCCCAGCGAAACCCUCCUCGUCAGCCUAAAAAGAGAAGGCGUAGGCAGCGCAACAGACGACCACCUCGCCACUAUACUGCAAAAACACUACAUAACCCCCAACUCGACUCGCUGGUACACGCAAAACAAAACCCCUUACCUCUCUUCCGUCCGCGGAAAACUCAUCCUACUCCGCCGCUACACCAUCUCCCCACCCCCUUCCAACAAUCCCAACGAAAAACUAGCCGGCCUCGACGCAACAGCCUGGCCCCACAACUCCACCCACGCCCUCUUCUCCUCCUCCCCAACUCAAUCCUCCUUCUGCCUCCAAGACUACUGCGAAGUCCUCGUUCCCUCUCUGAUCCCGGAAAAACUUCACCACUGUACCGAGCACCUCGCCCGCGCAGCAGCAGUUACGCAUCCCAUACCGGGUGUAACGACGGAUGCCUCGCAUCCCGUGCCGCCUGCGCCUUUGCACUUGAAUUUUCUGAGCGCCAGCAAUUUUUGGAAGAGGGCGUGUUGGCCGAGUGCUAUUGCCAAGGUGGUGAAUGAGGGUGUGGAGAGGGGGAUGUUUAGAAAAAGGCAGGAGAACGGGGAUGGAAGUACAGGAGUAGUCAUUAUGGAUUGUGUGGGUGAAAAUGGGGAUUGGGAUUUGGUUAGAUUGGUGAUUGGCAUGAAUAUGGGUGUUUUACUCAAAUAUUCCUUUUGUAUCGCUUGA